CACCGAUCCGCGCUUCGCCGACGAACGUAUCUCGCAAGCGGUGAGAACUCAUGAAUGAAACCCUGUUCACCGCCGAGUCUACGAAUACGGUCCUCGUAAAGGAACGCAAGCACAGAAAAAGCAAUAUCAUCGAAAAGAAAAUCUACGUAGAAGGCAUAUCAUCGCAUCGAUCCCGUUAAUAAGACAAUAUAUCGUCGAGUUAUGUCGAAGUCACGUCGUAAUUAAAUUGAUUAAACAUAGCCGUGCCGCGUUCCACGCGGACGAAAAUUAAAUCAAACCCCAUUGUUCUCGAGGCUUGCACGCGCUCUCGUUCGCAACGCAAAUUCACCGCGAGCCGUCAAGCGUUCUCGAGAGAUCGAAGAAAGUUUCCGCCUUCUUCCUGCAAAACACACCUCCAAAUUGAAUCCAUCGGCGAACUUCUCGAGACAGAGGCGAACUGGCUCGACUCGACGUGAGGGAGGAAGUUGCAGGCAAGGAAACUUAUCGAGUGGGAUUCGAUAGGGUCCCCGCUCGACCUCGAAACAAGAGGAGUUCAAGGAACUCGUGAAACAUCGUUUUAGACGAGACACGAUUGUGUUCGAGCGUGUCUAGAAAUUUUUAUCGAGAGCGACGGAAUUUUUCCGUCUAGCGCCGUGAGAACAACGUCGAUUCUGGCCGUCGAAUAAGCUUCGGAAAAAUUAACUUUAUCUCUCUGGCACGUUAAUCGCGGGAUUCGAUGUAAUCCGGGAGAUGCGAGCUGGACGGUGAAAAUUCCAAAGAAAUAUUCAAGAAACGAACAAGAUCUUCGAUUCGACGACCGGUGUAACUCGUUAAGUCCGCAGUUCCGAGAAUCUACGAACAUGGGCAAGAAGAACAGCAAACUCAAGCAGGAUACCAUCGAUCGACUCACCACCGACACGUACUUCACCGAGAAGGAGAUUCGUCAAUGGCACAAAGGAUUCCUGAAGGACUGCCCCGAUGGACUGCUAACAGAACAGGGCUUCAUAAAGAUCUACAAGCAGUUUUUCCCCCAGGGUGACCCGUCGAAGUUCGCCUCCCUCGUCUUCAGAGUUUUUGACGAAAACGCCGACGGUACGAUAGAGUUCGAGGAGUUCAUAAGAGCGCUUUCGGUGACGUCGCGUGGCAACCUGGACGAAAAACUUCACUGGGCCUUCCGUUUGUACGACGUUGACAACGACGGUUUCAUCACGAGGGACGAGAUGUACAACAUAGUAGACGCAAUUUAUCAGAUGGUGGGGCAGACACCGCAAGCCGAGGACGAGAACACGCCGCAAAAGAGAGUCGACAAAAUCUUUGAUCAGAUGGACAAGAACCACGACGACAAGCUCACAUUGGAGGAGUUUCGGGAGGGCAGCAAGGCCGACCCUAGAAUUGUUCAGGCGCUGUCGUUGGGCGGCGAGUAACCCUGAUUUCCAUCCAAGGGCGGCACGCGAUUCCAUGAAAUCGGGAAUCUCUACAUCGUCGUCAUUAUCGUAAUUGUCGACGCGAGCUAGGGCGAGCCGCUCGUCCCGAUAAUCAGCCGAUGAGGAACGACCGUGAGAGAAGGCAAGUCCACGUCCGCGCGGUUUGGCAUGCACGUCUAAUAUAGAUAGGCAAUAACAGUUGUGUCGAUAACACACAAAAAAAAGCGUUUUGAAUGACGCAGAGAUUUAGAUUUGCAAAUAUUUUUGUGAAGAUCUCUCGUCCGCGACGAGUUAUAGUCUAUAUCUCUCACUUCUUUUCUACAUACACAUACUCUCUUUCUCUCUUUUUCGCUCUCUCGGAGAAGAUCGGUUCUCGUUCCCCGUUGGCGAAUCGAUCCCUCCAUCUUCGUUAACAAUUAUUCGAUUUCGAAAAAAAAUCUCGAUGCUACUAGUAGAUGUCUAGCGUUUCGAAUAAUCGUAGCUUUCAAGGAGACUGGACGUGGCAGAUUGUACUUUUUAGCUAGAAAGCGUGCGGAAAAACACAAAAUACGAAUUAAAAUUGUUGUAGUACGAACGAUGAAGAUGUAAAUCACGAACCGGAAACUUUCUUCGUAUACAGGCUGCGCUCAUAUCGUCGCGGGAGCAGCUUUUCCCCUUUGUUGGCUCUUCUUACUCUGUGUGUUCGUUAAUCCGCUACCGCUGCAACGUCACGAUAAUCACAAGAUAACGAGUAAAAUUCGAAGCACUCGACGCUGCACGCUGUUCGAAUUUCAACGAAGCAUCGCCGGGGUUACUUUCGAUUAGAUACAUCGGAGCAGCGCGCGGUUUCCGCAUCAAAGCGAAAAGAAAAAAGAAACACGAGAGGUUCGAGGCUAGGAGAGCCGGGGAGGAAAAUGCAGCGGGGGGAUAAGCAUUCAAACGCAGAACACAACUGAUCGCGCAUUGUGCAGAGCGCGCGCGUUGCGUAGCGAACAAAAAUGCCAAAGUUACAAUGAGCCUCACAUACGUUACAACACCGACGGGAACGUCGUCGUUGGACGGAACGUAAAUUUUGCCACAAUGAAUAGCACAAUAACAAACGGUGGUUAUUCUUCAAUUUUCUUUUGUCGCUUGCGCAACAAACGCAAUUCUAUCAAAUUUUCUCUUGCUACAGAUUCAAUUGUGAAGUGAAAUACAAACUCCACUUUUACAUAAUGCAUCAGUUUUAUAUAACGCUAUAUUAGACACACAAGUGCGCGUUGUCGGAGAUUAUUCAUUUUGAAAUGUCAAAAAAUAACGGACACCACGAGCACUAACGAGCGUUGCGUGCCGCUAUACUGACAAAAUUGCGAAUCGGCGAUUCGACGUCGAUUCGCACCAUUUGCGCGUGCACAGAAGACGAUUUCUUAAGAAAAUAUGAUGACGGCGGCGCCAUCGCCGAGAGUAUCGACUUGCUCGCGUUGCAUAAGACGCGGCAUUAGACGCGGCGUAACAAAAAUUCGGAUACAGAGAUGGUGACUAAGCAAAGAAGAAGAUGAAUAAUGGCAAUCUGGUUUUCGAUAUUAAUGAGCAUUGCGUGUUUUACAUCACUUACGAAGAAACGAUCGUAUACAGUGCGCCGCAGUGCGCGUAUUAUCAGCGGGAUUCGCUAGCUAGAUUGCUAAGUGUAUGAGAUCGCGCGAAGAAAAGCGCGGAAGAUAUGAUCGCGCGUAAAUGCUAACGACCCUCCGCGGUGCUACUGCACUUUCAGUUAUAACAAGCAAAACUUGUGAUGUUAUUGUAUUAACCGUAUUGCGCUACAAGUUCUUCUAAUACCAGAAGCCGCGCGAAUUGAAUAAGAUUACGAUCGAAAGAGCGAGACUGAUGAAAAUAACGGGUGGGCUUAUUAAAUAUGAGGAUUGCGCAAGAUAAUAACAACCGAUCAUUGAAUACUAACGAGCGAAGUUACGUCUGCUCGGUAGAUCUUUUGUAACUUUUCAGUCCACCUUUAAUCAUACUCGUUGAUGUUCUUGAUGCUCUACUUUGGAACUUUUCAACGAUCUGCAUUUUCAUUCAAGAUGUGUCGAGUAGAGCGAAGCCAGCGAUCGAUAGAAGAAAAGGAAUAUCGGGCGUCAUUGAAAACAAUUAUUUUUAACUAAUUAAAAAAACUGAUUAAAAAAGAUAAAACAAUUUUUUUGAACGCGUAAUCGCGUUCAAUUGGUCAUCAUUAUAACGUAAGACGUGAUAUGUCAUUUUCGUUAAGUACGAAAAUGAAAUCAAAGACAGAAAAAAAGCGGAACAGAAAUGUCGGAUUGAAAUAAAAAGAAAAAGUCGCAAGGAUGAUUAACGAUAAGAGUUAAAUGAGGGGAAAAGGGGUCGCGUUCUACGAGUUUGUAGAAGCGGUUAAGGUAAACGAAAGAAGUGUGCAAUUCAAACAUUAAAGAAUCCCGCGAUUGACACAAUUGAUUUUCAUAAUAGCACAGUGUACAAUAAAGAGCGAGCAAUAAAUCGAUAAGGAGCGAGACACCGCGAUAAACAACUUGCAUUUAACAAAAGCGCGACGUGCGACAUUAUUGGUUACAAGGAACGAAAUAUCUCGGAUCUCUUAUUCGCCGAUAUUAAAAAAAAAAAAAAAAAAAAAAAACCGUCAAAUGAUCGUUAGAUAAGAGCGGGAACAGUCCAACAGACGAGACAGAGCGCGAAGAUUAAAGAGAGCGAGAUAGACGGAGACGCGCAUAUACCACAUCUUUUUCUACUUCCGAUCGAUCAGUUAUAACGUUCUGCAUUCCACGGAAUGUAGCCGGACAAAUACGAGCAAAACUCACGCAAAGGAAACAAAAGACAAUCGCGGGAAAAUCGCGAAGAAAGAAGAGAAAACCGAAGAUUGGCAGCGUUGUUGUUUUUUUUUUUUUUUUUUGUACGCGCACGGAAUCGGACGGGGGAUAAAUUUCGCAACGAUGAAGGAAAAUCCGACGUAGAAAGAGAGGCGAGUACACACGGUCAUAAAUCUUGCACGGUCCGUGAUCGCACGGGUCAACCUUUUUGAAGAAUACACUGGGCGUUUACACGAGGUAGAAAGGAUCGUUGUCAACGCCGAGGGAAAAUUGGAAAAACAUCUAGCGCGAGCAAACGCCGGACGGAGAUAGCAGCGAGUUAAAUAACGUUCGAAAAGAAUCUCCGACAACUUAUAAAAAAUGCAUAGGCAUUUAGUGGGCGCUAUGUGGGAUACCGUCGUCAAAACUCGGAUUAGACACGGAUUGUGGUGCGACAGACAUGUAAAACUGAUGAUUCGUCGGAAUUAUUCACAUGUAGAACAACGAAGCAUCAUUUGUUUCCCUAGCGCGAUCUUUAUUCGAUUUUCAUUAAGUGUAUUGCGCACCCGCGACAUAUACCACGGUACAUUAAUAAAAUUUUGCGGUAAAAACGAAAAGAAAAAAAAAAUUAAUUUAUUUCAUUAACGAACGACUGAAAUAAGUAAGAAAAGCAAUCGUGCUAAUGAGCGGGAUCCUUAAAAUGAGUUUACGAUCGAGUUUUAACGUAAAAGUUCCCGCUGGGGGAAUUAAACGUUUUAACGCUUAAGAAGAAAAAAAAAACAAAUUUGAAUGAAGAAAAGAGAGUGUCCAUUUAAAAAGCCAGAAACUCACCAUGUCAUUGAAUUUUCAAGGCACGAUGCCCUAUCCCCUCUAUCUCUCUUCUAUUGCUCCGCGACUUCGUUUAUUUCUCCGAUUGGAUGGGUGUAAAACGAAAAGAGAGAUACGGGUUUCGACCUUUAUCUCCGGGAAUGAGUAUCCGUGCGAGAGAGAAAUGUCGCGUAACCGGACAACGAAAACUCCGGGCGCGAGCUUGGAAUAUCUCUGGAGAUUUAAACGCGAAGCACACGUUAUUACUCUAAAUGUACGUGCGUCCGCAUAAAUUCGCAGACGCGACAAAAAUUUUACGCACCGCGAAUAGUGUGGAAUAGCAUGAAAAAAAUAAAAGUAAACAAAACUCGACGGACAUAAUAAAACGGCGUUCGUCGUAACAAUGUAAACGUGUAUUAAUUUUCGCAGAAUAUAUUUCAGAGAGGCGUGCUUGCUUAAUAAAUCACCGCGUAUAGAAUCCGACUUUUAUUGCGCUUGAUUUAAGAAAUUCCGUUAUCCGUUUCGACACACCGGGGGGGACCUUGGAACAAUGCGCGAAAAUCUUCUCGCUUCGUCGCUUUUUGAACGUUAAUGUUGUACAGUUUUAACAAAACGUUCGAUACGUGUUUCUCGCGCGUAACACAAUAGGUAAGCGCGCUCUUUAUCUCUUGAGCUUUUCAUGUGUAUAAACUUAUGCACGGCGCGCGGAGAGAAGUGGCUUGUGUCAAGCGUUGCGGAUAAAUACUAUUCACAGAUCCGCAGUGAAACAACUUUUUUUUUUCGAUCUCGCGCGAUGAAAAAGCGAGUGUAUCGAAAUUUCGCGAGUAAACCGGGGGGGCGUAUACCUUGCUCUCCGAGUUGUGACUUACUCGACUCGAUUUUUCAAAGACGUGAAUUUCUUUAUGCCGCAUCGUAAAGGCAACAGCGCGUAUCAAACUUUGAAAUUACAAAAUAAAGAGACCUGCCCAUAUUUCCGCAGUCUUUAUCUCCACGUGUCGCGGCGCAGCAUGUCGUCCUAUUUUUUUCCACGUGUGACGCCGCAAAAUUUGCGACGCUCAACUCGUUAUACGUCUAGCUAGCACUUCUGUUGUAUCUCGUCUCGACUUUUCUUAAUUUUUCAGUCGCGCGCCCGUCUGGCCGACUUGCCAUAAAUUCAACGCGCGCGUGCUCGCACCCUUAAUGUUCGCGUUGUUCCGUUCCUCUUCCCGCCGUUUCUCGUUUAAGUUCUCGCGUGGCCAGAAUUUUCAGUGACCGAUCGCGGUCUACUAAGUUUAUUUCCGCGGAUAAGACUUGAAGAAUGUCGGUUUCUCGACAUUUUACGGGCGACCAAUUCGCGAAGCUCAUUUUUUUUUUUUUUUAAAUAAAUGUUCCUUUUUUUCGCGACGAUAACGUUUCUUUCUUUUUGCUUCUCACUUGCGAUUUCGAUUUGUUUUUUCUAUUUCACCGUUAAUUUUCCUUACCUGAGUAGCUAGUAGAUUUGCGCGUGGUUCGAAAUUUACAGUCGGCUGAAAUGCGAACUAUAUUCUUUUUUUCUUUUAGUUUUCACAAGUUUUUAUUUUUGAAACUCUCCCAACAUAUUUUUGCAUCUUCCUAUUUUCAGCAUAUUCCUCUUCUUCGCGUUUGCUCUGUUUGCUUCUCUUCGCUUCUUCAUGCUUGUUUUUUUUUUAUCGAGGAACGCUCCGCAGAAAUAUAAUAUAAAAUAAAAUAUUUACAAGCAACGCGCGAGAUAUUCGAGUUCGCGGCGCGGUAAAAUCGCAAACGAUAACAGCGCGACGCGGAGGAAAUUCCAGGAUGAAUGUUUGCAUAUUGCGAUGCAGCCGGAGGACGAUUAAUUGCAGCCAUGAUAAACUCGAAAGCCAUUACGCCCUCGGCAUCGUGUUUGCUCGCCUGAAAGUCAUUUAAGAAUACGCGCGCUCGCGUAUACACCAAUUAUCUUUCCGAGAAUUCUAACGACGUAUUACAACUGCCAUUUAUACGAUUUCAAAACAUAUUCUAAAAGGUGAGCACGUCGCAAAGCUAAAUUUGCAUCCGCAACGCGGUCGCCGACGCGGCCUACUCAUAAGCAAAUAUUAACCCAUUGUGCUGUCCGACAACCGUUCGAUGAGUCAAUCCGUUGAGCAACGGAGCCCCGAAAUCACAAUCGCCAGCGAAAGCAUUGACGUUCGAAUUUGAUCGGAAGUGAAACGCGACACCCGCGAGCGACAUCACGCCGCGCCUUGAAAAUAUCAAUCGCUCAUUACAAAUCAAUGUUAACUCCCCGUUAUUCAGUUGCGCCAAAUAUUCACGAACGACAUACUUGAGAUGGCGAAUUGACGAAGAUGCGCGUGUUCUCAGCGAAAUAACGUGGACGUUUUCUCUGCGUGACGGAUCGUCGCAGAACGACUCGAUAUUGGCAAACUUCCCGACUGUUUUUUUCUUUUAUUUUCUCUCCUUUUUUCCCGUUACAGCACCUCUCCGGCGAGCAACCUCGAUGUGCACCGAGCCAAUAGAGAUGAUAUUGGCAAAUAUUAUUCGUCGAGGCACGACAUUAACAUUAUUACCUGCGAUCCGCUUCCGAUGACGCGGCGUCGUUUUUGUAUUCGAUCGUUACUAUUGGCCGCGAUACACUCGCUUACGUAAAUCGCGAGUCACGAAUUAUCAUGUUUCAAGAAGCAUCUAAGAGUAUGAAAGUAGAAGUUUGUUAGAGCUAUCUCGGAUUAUAUGACGCGGGAUAAAUUGAGAGAGAUCGUUAAAGAGAAUGAUGCGGGAACACGCGCCGCACUGUAGCGCGUUUGUGUCAACAAUUCUAUAUAUAAUUAUAAUAUAAUAAUGACAUAUGCGAAUAAAAUUGUGAAGUAGAUACCUGCAAUUCUUGUUACGUACAAUGCCGUGUAAAAUUGUUGACUUUAAAUGUGAUUCACCGAGGACUUUCGGAGAAGAAUAUUUUUCACGACGAUAUUAAUCUUGCGCCAGUCGCUUUCGAAUAUUUAUUUAUUAUCAUGUUUACGUCGAUUUCAAUUUCACGUAAGUGGAUCGCCGCCACGAAACUUGAAGCGUUUUAAGAGCGUUACAAGAGUUUUAAAUUAAAAUUCCUCGCUAGAAGUCUCGCUUCUUUUUUGUUUUCUCGCUUUUUUUUUUUUUGAUCAUCAUGAUUCGAAUCGUCGGUAAGAUUUUGCGCGUCCUUGGUAGAAGUUGAAGAACCGGUAAAGCUCUCGCGCGCAUCGGAAGUAAUCAGAGUCGUUACGUUGCGGAAUCGAUCGCGAGAAUAUUUCCCGAACGUAACUCUCUUUUCGAAAUCGCUUACGUCUGAGCGGACCGAGUGAUACGCAGGGGAGUAAAGGAUAUUCGGGAGACCCGCUCCCGAUAUCCAUUCAAUUGAGAGAAUUGCUUCGCUAACUUCCGCGACGUCACGAACUUUACAGCAGUGUCAGAGGGUUCUGUCCUAAAUCGCGCUCGCGAAUCAAGGAACUCGCGAAGUUCUUGUGGCUGUCGAAUUUCCCUUGCCGUUUGAUCGCACGUAAACAAAUAAAUUUCUGAGAAGUCACGCAAUCUCAUAACACCUCGAUAUCCAAGUUAGAUACUCGCACGUUUGCGUUCUCACACAAGACCGUCUACAUCGGUGAUAUCACCGUAAAAUUAAUACGAAGACACUGUAUGUAUCAGUGUUUUUCGCUGUUUGUCACGCGAGAGAAAGAAAGAGAGAGAGAGAGAGAGAGAGAGAAAAAGAGAGACAAUAUUUAUCAACCAAAGGGAAAAUGUUUACAUAUAAAAGUAGGAACAAUUGAAAGAGAAGAUAUUUCGAGCAACAGCGCCGGAAGAUAGAAAGUGUUAUUCGUGCGACAAAUCAUCUCGCCCGCUGACGAGACAUAAAAUCGAGCAAAUGUUGGCGAAACGCCACGGCGGUGAAACACGGAAGAAAGUGAAUUGCUGCUGGGAAAAGCUUUAAUGCGCCGACACAAAGCUGCACCUGGCUCACGAAGUCGCCUUAAUUGUUACGAGUGGCGCGUCGUUUUAAUCACCCUCGAACAACAAACAACAAUGUUAUCCGAAACGUUAGCAAGCGCAAAGAUCGUCUUCAGAUGCAUGCGCGGCAACGUUUUCCUAUAAUACGAAUAUAAAUAUUGUCAAAGAUCAACACGUGUUGUGCACGCGCGCCGCGCAUUAAACCGAGGUCUCUCGCAGAGACUUCGUUUAAAUAACGAGAAUUUCAUGACGCGUAUUUUACACCACCGAACAAAUUUACUCACACGUCCCGAAGCCCCGUGUGUGCGCGGAGAUUUAUGCGAGAACUUGUCAUCAAAAAGGUGAAAUAUUUCAUAUCACUUUUCACAUCGCGCCUCGUGCUAGUGUCAUAAUUCGUUUAUACAUUUAUUUUAAUCUCUCUUCAGUUCUCUCCGCACUUCUUAGUGCGAGUUAUCGUUGGAUUUUUCUAUAGUUCUCACACGAACACGAUUUAGUCAUUGAAAAUUUGAGAUACAAAUAUAAUACUACUGUUACUACGAAUAAUCUCAAUUCUAUAUAUAAAAGUCCAAAGAAUAAUAAACAAAAAUGAUUGAAAUUGAAAUUUGCGUAAAGUUGAACGAAAUAUUUCAUACUUCUAUAUAAAUUCUAGUAGAAUAAUAUAACUAUUAUAUUCCCAACUAUUAGAUAUACUAUGCAGCAUGAAAUAAUUUCAUCUGUUCUUCAUCGUUCGUACACGUAGAUUUAUAUACUCUUGGAGAAAUAUAUUACUAUAUUGUUAUCAUCACUGUAGCGCCAUAUAAGGAAAUAGUAUUCUUAGUGAAAUAUCUUACGGUUUAUAAAGGAUUCUCAAUCUUGUCACGGUCGCUUAACUUACUUGUGCAUUUUCAGUCUCUUACUUUGAAAGUUACUCGCGGCACAAGCAAACUCCGAAUGAAAAUCGUCAGCUCGUUAUUUUUAUACUUUCUACGUUACUAAAGUAAACUCUCCUCAGAAGUAAGAGUACUUUGAAACUUGGAUCUCACACUAAUGUCACUGUAUUACACGAGAUCUACAUUUGUUUUGCUGAUAACAGCUCCGCUUCGACUAAGAAGACUUUACUUUACGAUAUAUAUGUAUACCUUGCGAUUAUGACUUUUGCGUGCAUGCUUGCCUCGCGGAAUCGUGGACGAGAACGAUGUCAUGUGAAAUUUUUUUCAAGCAUGCCUCAAAACAUGCCGUGACUCUGACAAGUCGGGGUGAGAACAGUUUCGAUGCGUCGAGAGGGAAGCGAUUUUUCCCACGAGAGAGAGGUAAGUGCGAACUUAACGCGCGCACUUUGAUAACCGGUUUCCCUCACUCCGACCUGUCCGAGGAAAUGGAUGCAACCGCGUUUUAAAGUCUGCUCCGAACGCAGUCUGGAUAUCACUUGAACUCUAGCAAUAAUGUGCGGAACACUUAGGUGGCGAAGGUUUUUAAUCGCUGUCGAGCGUUAAGAGCUCUGAUUGCACUAACAUCAGUUAGCGUAAACUUAUCGUUUCCUCUCUCUUUGUCUCUCUCUAUCUGCGCGAGGUUUUUCUCGUGAACUUUCAGUAAACUUUAAGAGCGUAGACUCUGAUAAAUUUAGAGAAUUUUAAAUUUUCACUACUAGGUACUUUGAUGAUUAAGAGUUUCAAUCAAACUUUGUUUAGUGUACACACACACACACACACACACACACACACACACACACACACACACACACACACACAUUUUCUCUCUCUCUCUUUCUCUUAAAAGAUCAAGCGUGAAAAUAAAUAUUUUAUCACUUACUUUCGCAUUUACGAAUGUUUAAACUUUGCGAAGUGUACUGAACUUCACCGCCAAACUUUGAUUUUACUUUAAUCUUAUUUGAUCAAAUCUAAUCCCUAAAUUUGUCAGAGAAUUCGCUCGAGUAGGACUGUAAUCUAGCCGAAGAUAGUGAAUCACACAGACUUGGAGUUAGUUAAACCAGACUGUGGGUGCAACUCGACCCAAGUUGCGUGCAUACUCGUUCGGCGCAGCGCCGCGCGAUGGGAACGAAUUACUCCGGUGACGUAUGAAACAGUCGGGGGUGGUGAGCGAACAACGACGCGAUUCUCUGCACAACGAUCACUUCAACCAAGAGAGAAGUUCUCUCUUUUGCGCAAGGUCUUUAUUUCUACGAAUUGUCGCGGCGAUCGAAAGUUCUAUUUUUCUAUCACGCGUCUACGGCGCAACAUCAUUGCGAGUCAAAAAGUGCAAUACGAAGAAGAGAUCUAUAGGGUAGGGAAAUGUGUCGUUGUGUCGCCGAUCCCAAAUGGAGCGAAAGAAUUUUCCGCGACCGAGAGUUUUUAUCGUCAACGUCGGUCUCACCGACGUGUCGGACGGUGAAAGAGUUCAGCGGACGGACUAUGCGCCACAAUGAAGCGGAAGUUUGAAGAGCGUUUAAUGAGAAAGAAAUAAUCCACAUCAGCUCUAUAGCGGAAGCUUAGCUUUUCCAACAUCCGCGGACGUCCCACGCGUAGAGUAUUUUCUCAAACGUCAAAGUCUAAAAACCUCUUUUUCGCCGCGCGCAAAGUUAAUUCUGCUGAUGAACUUUCACCGCGGGCUUAAGGAGCGGAAGAUAAAAAGAUACACGAACGAUCGGUGGUGGUGGUGUAUCGAGUUAAGUGUACCUUCGUAUAAGGGGUUAUUAAGUGAAUAAAAAAAAAAAAAAAAAAAAUCGUCUUAAGCAAUUUUUACAAUUUUCAACGGGAAAGCAUAAGUGUAAGAACCGAAUCUCGCUUAGUGAAAAUCCUAGAUGCUUUUCGUGUUAAAUUAAAUUCUCGUAGUGAACGCUUUGUACAAGGUUUCUUGUAAUUUGUGAAAAGAACGGAGGAAGAAAAUCGAAAACACAAGACAAACGAAAUGGACGAGGCAAUAAGCGCUGAUACGAAAAAGACGUGUGCGAAAGAAAAAUCAAAAAGCGCAACGUGCCUGACCUGACAGGCGGAUUUUCUCAGUUUUCUGCGUUCGUCUCGGUUUGUCUUUUCGCGAGCGGUCAUCCACGGAACGUCAUCAACAGUAAUUAACGAUUAACGAACUCGAGCGUGAUCGGCAUAACGAAAGUGGGGGAAAAAAAAAUCCGGAAGAGUAAUCGCGACGCAAAGAACUCCGAGAACUAUAUUAAGCCGGGAUAACUAUUCCAUUUGUAUUCGUUAAACCGAUUUUCGCAUAUUUAUUUUUGAGCGAGAUCAACGCGAUAGAAUAUCUUUUUAAAUCGUCGUGCGCGUUUUUACUUUUUACGAUUUAACAUAAUUUUAAACGCCGAGUCGCCUCGAUGUCAUUUUGAUAGCGCUCUAAUGGCUGUGAAAUAAGAGUUUUCAAUGCAAAUUUAAUUCAUUCAACAAAGUCUCAAAGUCCCUCCGUACUUGUAUAACCGUUUAUCGCACAUUAUACAACACGGCAAACGCUCGAAUGCCCUAAAGCGCAUUACGGUAAUUAAUUUAAAGCCGUUAUAGCGACGGUAAAGAAUUUAAUUUUGCUACAUUACGAUGAAAAUGAGAAAUUAGUCGUUUCACAGAUGGCUCAUUCGGAGAUAUCCGUACCGCAAUCAAGUAAGGCUUCCGUCUCUAAAUUGCGACAAAGGCUUUGACGUGAGUCGAGACAAAAGACGCUUCCGCGAUUAAAUCUGUCCAUUACAUCAGCAAAUUCUUUCCACACUCACCCGUUCACGGAGAUUACGGAAUUCGAUACUUUUAUCGCGAUCUUAUAUGCGCGCGCUCUCGAGCUCAAUCUUUGAUUUGCGCUGUCGCGGAAACAAAUGGAAUGGUUUGUGAUGAUAAUGAUAUUAAGAUUCGAUCGAUUCCGGAUAAUUUGAAUUUCUAUGAAAAUUUCCAAAACUCGCAUUCCAUAUUUUCAAAACCCGUAUACAUACACACACAUACAUUGUAGAGAUUGCGUUAUUUUUAUUAACGUACGACUAUAGGAAACAUACAUCUGUGUUGCAGAUUUUAUGUACCUUGAAAAAAAUCGCGAAGCUCAAUGUCUUCUGUCGCAGAUUUUUCGAUUGUUAUCGAACCGCUCUGAUUACAUUGCUUCAGCAAGUGUUGGUUGUCUCGAAGCUAUAGAGAAUUGGUAUAUCGGCGGUAGAUAAAAAUAGCUUUAGGGCGUUACUUGGCGGUGAGUUAUGGAAGGUUGACGUAAGAAGAACACGUCUAUGCAAUUAUACAAAGUGCUUCGGAACUAUUAUAGCUUCUUUUUUUAUUUACCAAAUUUUCUAAUCAUUUCAAAGUAGAAUAAAAAAAAAAACAGUUCUGGAACGAACCUAGAGUGCGUGUAUUUUAAGUUUCAUUCUUGAUUAAUCGACGCUGUGAAUGUGAAACAUACACAAUACUCCCAGUCUACAUUGCAAAAUUACGAUGUGUAAAUAUAUAUAACGACGAAUGUUGUAAAUUAUUUUCAUAUACUUUUCUUUCGACAGUCACUUCCGAGAACAAGCGCUCUGAGAGGUGACAAGUAAUGGAAUUGUGCAAAGAGGAAUUGAAUAGAGCAUGGAAAAUAAGUGUGAAAUUUUUUUCGACAUUUCUCUCCACAAUUAUCUUCGCUCUCUCACUCACUCUCUCUCUCUUUUCUU